AUGUCAUAUUCAAAGCUCCUUGAAGAUGCCCAGAAUCAAGAAUAUUCGAUCAAGCUUCUUACCGCUGGUAUUGCUGUUCUUCUCACUUAUACUUUAUAUAAUGUUCUGUAUGCUACGGACAUCCCAAAGAUCCGUGGACUGCCUGAAAUACCUGGUGCGAUUCCGGUCUUUGGUCAUUUACUGAAACUCGGUGAAGAUCACGCCAGUACUUGCGAAAAGUGGUGGCGCCAAUACAAGCACUCUGUUUUCCAGAUUAAGCUCGGCAAUACUCGCGCCGUUGUUGUCAAUUCCUUUGAAGACUGCAAGACUAUGCUUCUUGGCCACCAAAACGCAGUCAUCGAUCGUCCCAAGCUGUACACGUUUCACGGCGUCAUCAGCAGUACACAGGGCUUCACGAUUGGCUCAUCGCCCUGGGACGACUCCUGCAAAAGGAAGCGCAAGGCUGCCGGUACAGCAUUAGGAAGACCUGCUCUGAGAAACUACUACCCCAUGUUUGACCUGGAAUCUUAUUGCAUCCUGCGAGACAUGGAAAAGGAUAGCCGCAAUGGAGAGGUUGAGAUUGAUGUGCGCCCCUACAUUCAGAGGUACGCUCUGAACACGACGCUCACGCUAUGUUACGGCAUUCGGAUGGACGCUGUGUAUGACGAGUUGCUACGUGAGAUUCUUCAUGUUGGGUCCGCGAUCUCGCUGUUACGCAGUGCAUCGGAGAACUAUCAAGACUAUAUUCCACUCAUGAGGUACUUCCCUAACAAUGAGAAGACGAAGCGCUCAAAAGAGCUUCGUCAGCGCCGCGAUGCUUACCUGGACUUACUCUUGAACAAAGUUCGGGAAAUGAUUAAGAAAGGCACAGACAAGCCCUGCAUCUCAGCCGCUAUUCUUAAAGACACAGAAACCAAGCUCACAGGCGUUGAAGUGUCAUCUAUCUGUCUCUCUUUGGUGUCGGGUGGAUUUGAAACGAUUCCAGGAACAUUGACCUCAUGUAUUGGCUCACUAUCCACUCCCGAAGGACAAGAAUGGCAGGAUCGCGCCUAUGCGGAUAUUAAGCGCCACUAUCCGGAUAUCAGAACAGCAUGGACUGCAUGCUUCAUGGAAGAGACUAUUCCCUACAUCAAUGCCAUUGUUAGGGAAGCCGGAAGAUAUUACACUGUCAGCUCCAUGAGUCUUCCUAGAAAGACUGUGACGGAUGUAAACUGGAAUGGUGUUACUAUUCCUGCCAAGACAAUGAUUUUAAUCAACGCCCAAGCUGGAAACCACGAUGUCGACCAUUUUGGUUCUGAUGGCGGAGAGUUUGAUCCCGAGAGGUGGCUAGAGACAAUCGAUCCACCAGCAGAAGCCAAGAUAACUGGUCUAAGCCAUUUAAGCUUUGGCACUGGGUCUCGUGCUUGCUCGGGUCAAUUUAUCGCAUCUCGCCUUUUGUACUGUGCCCUCGUCAGGCUACUUUCAUCCUACAAAAUCGUAGCCAGUGAAGAAUCGCCACCCAAUACGGACUACGUGGAGUAUAACCAGUUCAAGACAGCAUUGGUUGCGAUCCCUCGCGAGUUCAAGGUUAAGCUGAUUCCGAGAGAUGUUGAUGUCACAGCUGAUUGUUUGGCUGCUGCUGAAGAGAGAACAAGCGAGCAUUACAAAGAGUGA